AGCUCCAGGGAGAGCAUGGGGUGUGAGAUUGUCCAGUGCCUCUGGGGACCUUCAGGCCUAGGGAGCACCUGCCCCGUUUCCUCUGGAGCCAUCAGCUAAGGCUAGGGACUUAGGCAGGCCGGAGAGUGGAGCAUUCAGCCCAGCCUGUUUGGUGCUGCUUCUGCAGAGAUUGAGGCCAAGUACGAGAGGAAGAUGCGGGUGCUGCGCGAUGAGCUUGACCUGCGCAGAAAGACGGAAAUCCACGAGAUCGAGGAGAGGAAAAACGGUCAGAUCAACAUGCUGAUGAAGAAUCACGAGAAGGCCUUCAGCGACAUCAAGAACUACUACAACGACGUCACCCUCAACAACUUGGCACUGAUCAACACCCUCAAGGAGCAGAUGGAGGAGAUGAAGAAGAAAGAGGACCACCUGGAGAAGGAAAUGGCGGAGGUGCUCUUGCAGAACAAGAGGUUGGCAGAGCCGCUGCAGCGAGCCCGGGAUGAGGUCUCUGAGCUGCAGAGGAAGCUGGCUCACUACGAGAAAAACAAGGCCAUCUUGGCAGUAAGCGGCAGGGCUCCUGGCUUGGCACGGGCAUUCAGGCGGCUCGUAGGGCGCUGGGUGGGUGGCGGAGGGGACCCAGUACCAGCAACCAGAGCUACAGUGGCCCUCUUCCAAGGGGUGUGGAAGGGGGAGGGUGGGCGCUUUCUCCUGCUCCUACCAUUUUUCUGCUGACCGCCUGAAAGGAGCUUCUGGGCGAUGAGCAGUUGACCAAUCCCUUAAGGCCCUCAGAAUUCGGUGGCAUGGGGUCAGCAGAGAUUGGCAUUCACGGAAUGAAAGUUGAGGGGUGUAAAAGAACCUUGGUGACCUCCUUGGCCUUCUUACCCUCCUUUGGUGUGUUCUGCCCCACAAGGGCCCUCUAUUCCCACAACCCUCAAAGGUCUUGCAGCUCUUCUGAGCCCCCUCCCCUCCUCCCCGAGUAUUCGGGCCCGGCUGAAAGUCACCGAGUGUCAGCCUCUGCUUUGCUACUGCUUCGGCUGCCAUUGAAACGGGAAGGGGUGGGCAUGGUAUUUGGG